AUGGAAGCUUACAACACCUGGAACGCCCGCAUGGCAUCCGCCACCUCCAUGAGCGACGAAGCGCGCACCCUGCUCCAAAACUACACCGGACUCGCCCCCUCCCUACUCCCAUCCCACGUUCACACAAUUGCCAAGCGCGGCUUCACCAUUGCACCCUAUCCCUACUUCAGCAAGCUCUGGUUCGUGGACUUCGAGAUCGCCCUAUCGCCCGCGUACGGAGACAUUCUAGGGCGGGUGCAAGACGGCGAGAGGAUGCUGCAUCUGGGGUGCGGGGUGGGACAGGAUAUCAGACGGAUGGUGUAUGACGGCGCGCCGAGCGAGAAUCUCUGCGGAUUGGAUCCGCAUCGUGGACUCGCUGAGUUGGGGUAUGAGUUGUUUCGGGAUAGGGAUGGGUUGGGGAGUUCUUUUGUAGUCGGGGAUUUUAUGCAGGAUGGGUUGGUUGACAGUCUGUUGGGCGAGGGAAAGUUCCGCGUGAUUAAUACUGGGUAUUUCUUGCAUGUGUGGGACUGGAAGGGUCAAGUUGAGCUCGUGAAGCGCAUGUUGAAGGUUCUCCCCGGGAUGAAGGACGACCUUGUCGUCGGGGUGAAUUUCGCCCGUUGUGAGGAGCGAGAAGGCGUUGUGCCUGGCAAUGGGGUGAUGUCCGUCCAUACCCAUAAGACAAUUUUGAAAUUGUGGGAGGAGGUCGGACAGUCCACGGGGACGAGAUGGCGAGUGGAGGUGAGCAAGGACGAGUAUCAUGAUCAUCAGAGGUUGGGUUUGAAUGGGUAUCGACUGCGGUGGAGUGCGAGGAGGGAGUGA